GGCUGGGCCUUUCACCAGUCUAUCUCCUCCUAAGGCAGCCAGACUCUCUCAGCAGCCAUGAUGAAUUCCAGAUCAAACCUCUCCAUCCGCAGUAGCAGCGGAGGAGGAGGAAGUGGUUGUGGUUAUGGCAUGGGCUCCUCUCGCCUCUCGGUAGGAGGUGGUGGAGGAGGUCGCAGUUGGAGUGGUGGUAGUAUGCAUGGAGGUGCAGGAGGUUCUGGCGUGCGCAUAUCUAGUUCAUCGUAUGGGUCCGGCGGUGGAGGUGGUGGAGGUUAUGGUCUUGGCUUGGGAGGAGGUGGAGGUGGAUUCGGCUUGGGAGGAGGUGGAGGUGGAUUCGGCUUGGGAGGAGGUGGAGGUGGAUUCGGCUUGGGAGGAGGUGGAGGAGGUGGAGGUGGUGGAGGGGCAGAUGUGUCUGCGAACGAGAAGGCCACCAUGCAGAACCUAAACGACCGUCUGGCCACCUACCUGGAAAAGGUGCGCUCACUGGAGAAAGCCAAUGGAGAGCUGGAGAUUAAGAUCCGUCAGUUCAUGGAGAGUAAGACAUCACCCAGUGCUCGUGAUUACUCUGCCUACUUUGUUACCAUUGCCGACCUCCAAGAUAAGAUCCAAGAUGCCACCCGUUUCAAUGGAAGCCUCUAUCUUGGUAUUGACAAUGCAAAACUGGCUGCAGAUGACUUCAGAACCAAGUAUGAGAACGAGCUGGCCAUGCGUCAGUCAGUGGAGGCCGACAUCGCUGGACUGAAGAGGCUGCUGGAUGAGUUGACCCUGGCCAGAUCUGACCUGGAGAUGCAGAUCGAGGGGCUGAAGGAGGAGCUCAUCUACCUGAAGAAGAACCAUGAAGAGGAGCUGCUAGCGUCGAGGUCUCAGAUGUCUGGUCAGAUCAAUGUGGAGGUGGACGCAGCACCCCAGCAGGACCUUUCCAAAGUCAUGGCUGAGAUCCGUGAGCAGUACGAGGCUGUUAGUGCCAAGAAUCAGCGAGAACUGGAAUGCUGGUUCCAGACUAAGUCAGAGACAUUGAACAAGGAGGUGGCCUCCAGCACAGAGGUUCUCCAGAGCACCAAGACCGAGAUUUCAGAGCUUCGUCGUACACUGCAGGGCCUGGAGAUCGAACUGCAGUCACAGAUGAGCAUGAAACAAUCCCUGGAAGGUACGCUGGCGGAGACAGAGAACCGGUACUCCAUGCAGCUGGGAGGCAUUCAGAACCAGGUGACCAUGCUGGAGGAGCAGUUAAUGUCUCUCCGCAAUGACAUGGAACGUCAGGGUCAGGAGUACAAGAUGCUGCUGGACAUCAAGACACGCCUGGAGAUGGAGAUCACUGAGUACAGAAGACUGCUGGACGGAGAGAUGGGCGGUGGCGGCCAAAGUAGCUCCGGCUCAAAAAGCGUCACCAUCAGCUCCUCCAGCUCUUCCAGCUCCUCAGCCAACAAAGCCCCCACCUGUGCCACAACCACCAGCACACGCAAGGUGGUGAUCGUCACAGAGGAGGUGGUGGAUGGCAAGGUGGUCUCAUCCACGACCUCACAAGGUCCCGUAACCACAUCAACAACCAGUAAAGAAACAGAUAAAUAGAAUUGCUAGAAUGGGUAAAGCUCCUCAGCCAUCCAUCACUCAACGUUGCUUUGAAAAGGGGUUUUCAGUUCUUGUAAUUCUGUUUCUGUAGUGAACACCUUCUACACAACAAAGUCAACUACAUUGGAUGGAACACUAACAUCAAACCCAAUUAUGACUGGAAUAAACAUAUCUGACACCAGUA